AUGCUACAACCAUACGGCAUCUUUCGCACGUUCUUCAACAUAGGAAGCUUCAUACUCAAAGUCAUAGACGAAGCGCACUUCGGCACCGCGGGCAAAGACCGAAUGCCUUGCAUUAUCGAACAGAGCACAGGCAGUUCCACGCCUGCUGUGUACUCGGACAGCUUCGACGAGAUGUACGAAAUCGACCCCAAGUACUGGGCCGAUCUUCCCUACAUCUACCUGAGCCACCGGGCCAUCAUAGAGUUCCGCAAACGCGAGAAGGCCAUUGCCGAGGAAGCGGAGCAAGAACAGAAAGAGAGAAAAGCGAAGGAAAACAAGGCAAGUCGCAGAAGGCUGCGGCUACCGCACAAGUUACGCAGCCUGAAGGAGUUCGCCAAGGGUGGUGGGCCAGAUUUAUCUGGCAUUGGUAGUUUCGGCUGGUCUGGCUCGGCGGAAGCCUGCAACUCGGCCUCCCUUUACGACGGCAACUGCCGCAACUUCCUCAAGCUGCACGGCGUCGCGGCCCGCUCAUCCAGCCAGAACCUCCCGCGCAACAUCGUCACCCUGCGGGAACGACUCCGGAAACCUCGCGAAUCCGUGAAACGACUGGACCCCAACGACCAGAAGGUCUGGCUCAAGGCGUGCCGGAAUUUCGAGAAGCAGCGCGCCAAGUUCAACGACGCGCUCGACAUCCUGCUGGGCGCGGCGUCCGAGACGGUCCUCACCUACGAGAGCGAGCCGAUCACCGGCCUGGACCCGCUGGUGGAGGGGAUGUUCCUGGCGCAGCCGAGCUACUUCGACUGCGGCGACUUCUACGCCCUGGACGAGGGCGGCCGCCUCGCCAACGACCUGAAGAGCUACAUCCUGCCGGCGACGGACGCGUACGGCGUGGUGCCCAACUUCUUCGUGCAGCUGCAGAUCGACGACGAGGACCAUGCCGCCGCCGCCGAGCUGCAGGCGAUGCACUACGGGGCCCUGGGGGCGCGCGCGGUGCACAAGCUGCGCUUCCACACCGCGCGCGCGGACAAGGCGUGGCUGGACGAGGUCGCGUACUCGAUUGUCGUGGUGGUGUCCGAAUCGUCGGUCAGGAUCUACGCGGCGCAUAUGAUCGAGGCCGAGGAUGGAUCCAGAGAGGCGGAUUAUCAGCUGACGGACCUCUAUCGGAGUCGCUUGGAUCGUGGAGUGGGACAGUUCCGGAAGGCUGUGACGGCGGUGCGGAACGCUAGGGACUUUGCGAAAGAGUGGAGGGAGUACUUCAUGGAGAUGGCCAGGCGGGAGGUGGAGGGCGAUCCUCGCAACUUGUCGCAGGGAAGUCCAAUGUCAGUGGAUGAGAAGCCGAACGAUGAUCCUGGCGAGGGUCCUAGUAGGAUGGCUCGUAUGCCCUCACUGAGUGACGACCAGAGCUCGGCCAGUAGCGACAGUGCGGCGUCUGGCCUCAAACGGCGCAGAAGUGACUACGCGCUGCUGUAUUCAGGCCUGGGCGAAGAGCUUCCACGCGUCAAGCGCCCUAGAUCUGUGAGCAGUAGCAGUGAUAGUCCACGGUUUAGUUAG